AUAAACAAAGCAUCGCGUCUGCUGCAGAUCUUUACCAGUAAAACAAUCUCCUGACUGCUAGCCUAUACACACACACACCACAUCAUUCUCAGUCUCUUUGAGCGCAUAUAUUCUCUGCUUUUUCACAUUUGUUUAUUGGUUUCACGGAAAGUUAAAAGAAGAAAAGAAAUGGAGCUUGAUCUUUCUCCAAGAUUGGCCAAGAGAGUGUAUGGUGGCGAUGGUGGUCCGUAUUAUGCGUGGUCCCCAUCAGAGCUCCCCAUGCUGCGUGAUCGAGGCAAUAUUGGUGCAGCCAAGUUGGCCCUUGGAAAGAAAGGUUUUGCUCUUCCUCGUUACUCUGACUCCGCUAAGGUUGCUUAUGUCCUCCAAGGUAAUGGUGUAGCCGGAAUUGUUCUUCCUGAAUCCGAAGAGAAGGUCAUUGCAAUAAAAAAGGGUGAUGCCAUUGCUCUUCCUUUUGGUGUCGUUACAUGGUGGUACAACAAAGAGGACACUGAGUUGUUAUUUUCUUGGGAGACACUUCUAAAGCUCACAAAGCUGGUGAGUUUACUGAUUUUUUCUAGACGGGUUCCAACGGGAUCUUCACUGGCUUCUCAACUGAGUUUGUUAGCUGAGCAUGGAACUUGGAUGAGAAUGUUGUAAAGAGCUUCGUUGGAAAGCAAUCGGGCAAUGGAA